UGCUUUUAGUCAGCCAUGUGGUUCUCUUUUGACGCCUGCGCUGUAAGUGUAACAUGUCCGAGGUUUUCUAAGGCGCCUGUUGUUUGUCUUUUGUGUAUAAAGGAUCCUUGGAAUAAGUUUAUCCAUACCGCUCUCUUCCAGUGCGCGCCCAAGGUUGGCUUAGGCUGUGUAACAAGAUGAACAAUUUCAGUCCUCACGUUGCCACAGUUAAUAUUUCCGACACAGAAUCGGCAAGUUGCUACCACAGUAAGAAGCUAGACUUAGCCAUUGUGUGGGUUUUCUGGAUUUGCCGCCUCGGAAUUAAAACUAAUUAGUCAUUAAUCAAUUCCAUUCCAGUCACUGCGUAAUUCUGCUUCAGGUUUUGGCACCACCAGGCUUUGGAUGUCUCUUGUGGAUGACAGCAGGGAGCAGUGCUGGAGAUGUUGUAGCUCAUACUACCGCUAGAAGACAAACCCAGUGGUCCUCCUAUCUCUCCGAAGCUCCAGAGCGCUCUUUAAGGAACGGGAACUAUUUUUAAUAUACCGAUGAAUGAGACUUUAUCCUGUACUGACCCUUGAGCCAGACUCUGUCUGGACGUGGGGCACAUAAGCAGGCAAGAAAAACGGCGUUUUCUUUCACUGAGACCCGAGGUGAAAAAGACGCAGCAAUGACAGAGCAGCAGUCGUGCGCAGCGGGAAAAUAGACCAACUAUUGUGGGAACGGAAGACUGAUAACACAAAUGGGCGGUCAACGAGAGCGGCAGAUGUAAUUUCCAAACGUCGCAGUUGGGUUGGUGCCAGCGGGGUGUUGGAUGGGUUAUUGCGUUCUCUCUUUCACCAUUCACUGCUUCCAGCGUUUCCCGAUUACUUGAGGAUCUCGGACGGCUGUCUGUGAACGAGUAUUGCUGCAGAGACUAACGGGGAAUGCCAUGUGUCGUUGCACGAGAUAGAAGCUCUUUGUGGGCUGUUUUGCAUCGGGGACAGGUGGUGCCGUGUGUGUGAGUUGAAACCAGCAGGGGGGCGCGGACAGACAACCCCUGAGACAGUUGUCCUAGGGAUGUCAGGGCGACGUACGAGAACAGUUUUUUGCCAGAGACAGGUGCGACAGGGAGGAGUAGUUUGCAAAGCCCUACACAGGAUCUGAUAACGCACUAACCAGUCUCCCCUCUCCUCUGACCACUCUCGGAUUUUUGUAGCCAGCGGGACACACACUGUCGCUGUCUCGGCAGCACCUUUCCACCGAUAAUCAGAGACUCUACAGUUCUGUUGCUAUGGCUACCGUGGCCCCUCCCUCCUUCUUCCUGCUAUGUUGGGUCCUACGGACGGCCACCUCUGCGUUUCCUGAGGAGCCGGGGCCCCUCAGCUUCAUCCCCACUGAAGUGGUGAGAAGAUACCCAGUGUUUCUGGGUCGACCACACCGAACAUGGCUGAGACAAGAGCCUUUACACAUCCAGAGGAUCCUCCAAGUCAAUCGAACACUCUACAUUGGAGCCAGGGAUGACCUUUUCCGUGUGGAGUUGGACAUUGUUACAGGAGAUGAAAUGUUCUAUAGUAAGAAAAGAACAUGGGAGUCAAACAAGAAUGAUAUCAGGAUCUGCCGGAUGAAGGGCAAACAUGAGGACGAAUGCCGUAACUUCAUGAAGGUGCUGCUCAGCAGACAAGGAGGCCUGUUUGUGUGUGGGACAAACGCCUUCAAUCCACUAUGUGCCAACUAUACUGGAGACACACUGGAGAUGGUAGGCGACACAGUCAGUGGGAUGGCGAGAUGCCCUUAUGAUCCCAAACAUGCCAAUGUAGCUCUGUUUGCAGAGGGGAACCUCUUUACAGCCACAGUGACGGACUUCCUGGCCAUUGAUGCAGUGAUCUACCGCAGCCUCGGAGACAGUCCCGCCCUGCGCACCGUCAAGCACGACUCCAAGUGGUUUAGAGAGCCAUAUUUUGUCAGUGCUGUGGAGUGGGGACCUCACAUCUACUUCUUCUUCAGAGAGAUAGCCAUGGAGUUCAAUUACCUGGAGAAGGUGGUGGUGUCACGAGUGGCCCGGGUAUGUAAGCGGGACCAGGGUGGGUCUCAGCGUGUCCUUGAGAAGCAGUGGACAUCAUUCCUAAAGGCCCGUCUGAACUGCUCUGUGCCCGGUGAUUCCCACUUCUACUUUAACCUGCUCCACUCCACCAGUCCCAUUAUCAGGAUGAAUGGCCGAGACAUUAUCCUGGGCGUGUUCUCUACACCUGCGAACAGCAUAUAUGGGACUGCUGACUGUUAUUUCAAGCUGUCACAGCUGGCUGCGGUGUUUGAUGGGAGGUUCAAGGAGCAGAAAUCACCUGAGUCUAUUUGGACACCUGUUCCAGAUGAAGUCAUCCCAAAGCCAAGACCUGGUGGCUGUGCUGUUCAAGGAUCUAGGUUUAAUUCAUCCAACUCAUUCCCUGAUGAGAUGCUUAGCUUCAUCAAGACUCAUCCACUGAUGGAUGAAGCCGUCCCGUCGCUCGGACAAAGACCCUGGAUAGUUAGAACUAUGGUCAGGUACCAGCUGAAUAAAAUAGUGGUGGAUACAGAGGCUGGGCCUUAUAGAAACCUAACCGUCUUGUUCCUCGGGUCGAGCAGAGGGACCAUCCUCAAGUUCCUCAUCAUGCCCAACGAAGACAACACAGUCACCAACAGCAACAUCUUCCUGGAGGAACUGGAGGGAUUCAACCCUGAUAAGUGUGAUGAAGAUGCUCCACAGGCCAGGCAGCUGUUGUCUCUGACUCUGGACCGGGCGAGCCACACUCUGCUCCUUGCCUUCCCCUCCUGUGUGGUCAGAGUACCAGUGGCAAGGUGCCAACUCUACUCCAGAUGCAUGAAGAACUGUAUUGCCUCCAGGGAUCCUUACUGUGGCUGGACCAGAGGAAGCACCUGCUCUUUCCUCCGGCCUGGGACCAGACUGCCAUUCGAGCAAGAUGUUGAACAGGGAAACGUGGCCCACUUGGGCGACUGUGACGGAAUACUGCUCCAAGAGAGUUUUAUCGAGGAGCCUGAUGGCCUGGUGUCUGUAAACCUGCUGGUGGUGUCUGCUGUUUCAGCCUUCGCAACAGGAGCUAUCCUCUCUGGUCUCACUGUUUGCUGGAUCAUGAGCCACCGCCACCGUCACACUCGCAGCUCUGGUGCCAGUGGUGCCCGCCGCAAAAGUGACAAAGAGCAGAGCAUGCUGGGGCAGGGCCGCAGCGGUUCUGUAAUGAGUGUAACAAGAACCAGCGGUGGUGAGAGGCGGCGUUCGCAGGCAGAUAACCCCUUUGUCAACGGAUGGCCUAAAGGAGAGAUGGACCCAGGAUUGCUGCCUACCCCAGAGCAGACCCCACUGCAGCAGAAACGGGCCAUGCGUCUUCCAGACACCGACUGGGAGCAGAGCCAGACAUAUCUCACUGCUGUGGGGACUCCUUGCCCUAACAACUCUGUCAUCUACCUGAGCUCUAAGUUUCUGCAUAGCGGUGGAGGGGGUGGAGGGAUGGUCCGGAUAGAGGACCCAGGGGAGGUUGUGCUGCCCCUGCACCCAGAGCGCCAGCGCUACCUGAUCCUAGCCACCCAGAGAGGGGAGCAUGGUGGCAGCCGCCCCACUGGCACCUUGAGGAACUCAGCAGGAGACUACAUCUACCCUGCCACUCCACAGGACUCCCCUGACCGACGGAGGGUGGUUUCUGCUCCCACUCCCUACAUGGACUACGGGGAGCCUCGCUGGAGUCACGAGACGCUCAACUACAACAGCAACAAUGGAGCACCCUAUCACUCCCAGCGCCAGGGCCUCAUAAGGCCAGACAUGCAUGGGCCUCGAGGGCUGGGAGAACUGGCUGACUUCAGCCAUCUUCUAGGGAAGAACAUGGGAGAGCGCACCCCCAGCGGCCAGUGAGGUGAAGCAUAUGAACCCUGACACCAAGCUCUCUCUGAACACCCAUUCCCUUCAACAGUAAAGUGGAAGAAAUCAAGCCCUCAGACUCACUGUCCCAGUCCAACCUUACCCAGUCUGUCCUCUCUCACUGUCAUUCAGUGUUCUGAUGUCAUUCAGCUGCCUGGAGAGAGAGACAGAGAGAGAAGAAACAGAGUUGAAAAAGAGGAAAAAAGCCUCCACAUUUGCAUUCCUCUGCUCUUAAUCUGAGGAGCACCCCUCUGCUCUGUUAGUGGUAUGACCCACAGAGCAUGACUUUUACACCACAGGACACACAGUAGAGAGAGGUGCAAAGGAAGGGGAAUGCUCUCUAUGACACAAUGUGUAGAUUAAAAAAAGACAAUUUCCCUUGCAAAACCAAAUGUGAAAGGUCUCCCUCCGCCAUUUUGUUUAGUGUUUUGACACCAUGGUUCUUCGAGUGUAACAUUUUGUUCCUGUCUUUUUGUUUGUCUGUGUGUGUUUGUCUGUGUGUGUGUGUGUGGGUGUGUGUGAGAGAGAGAGAGAGAGAGAUUUGCUUUGGAUCUCAGAUGAGACUAAAACUGUAGUCAUGCCAGACUUUAUGAACCAUGCAGCAUUGGAUUGUGUGAAAGUGUGUGUGGCCACAACAACCCCAACCACUGUCCUGUCUUAACUGUGAAGUAUAACUAUAAUGAAGUUGGUGAUUAUAUUGUUUUCCCUUUUCAUAAACUGUAAGAAAGAGACAAAAUUGAUUUUAUCAUGUCUGCUUGAAGCUAUAUGUGUUUAACAAUCAGAGGUUUGGAUGGUCAAGUGGUGGCUAGUGAAGGGUUGAGACUCCAGGUAAUAGUUUUGUGACUCCUAGUACCUCAGAGGGACCCUUGGAUAGAGCCAUGAUGAAGUUAAAAAGAGCAAUAAUGAGCAAGAAACAUAUAAGGCUGAAGAGAAAGCCAAUUUAAUUAGGUAAUUUUAUCAUUUUUUCAGCAAAGCAAACUGAAGCCUGAAGAAAAAGUGAAGAAAAAGCAGAGUGCUAGGAAAAGCAGCAGUAUCUCCCUUCUGUUUUUCCUUCCCCAGAACGCCUGGGUCAGUCUGACCUGACCUGAGGCCUCCCUAGGCUCCACACUCCAUUUGAAGAAGGGAAUGUGAGCUGUAGCUGUCUGGCUGUCUGAGUGAGACUGUGAGGCCCGGCCGCUUGGGAGCUCCAUUCAGCCUCUUUUGCCUGACACUGACCUCCUUUGUGCCCCAGAAGCAGGAGGAGACAGCAGCAACAAAUAACCGUUAAGAGUCAGGCAUCAAGCCCAGCCCUACAGCCCAGCAGAAUACCAACAAGGAGGACAGCAGCUCCAUCCGUCAUGUGAGACGUACCGACCAGGCCCAGGCAUCUUGUAUGUUUCACCCACUUGCGAGGACAGAGAGUAGCUAAGGGCUGAAGCUGGGGUGGAGACCAGGGAUGGGGCACAAUGCUAGCUGUCACAAUGCUCAUCCCUUGUGGCUUAAUCCCUUUCUCUUUCUCACUGUGUUUCCUAACAAAAGUGGGAUAAAGACAACAGAUGGACAUGGGUACACUUGAAUGUGGAGUUUAUUUCACUCCGUUGUCUUAUCUUUUGAUGGUUUCUGUUCUUCUGAGUUCUCAUCCGUUCUUGAUUCAAAUGUAGAUCCAGAGAUAGCUUUAGUUAAUCGGGGUCACAAUGUACCUGAGGCGGUGUGUGUGUGUGUGUACUCUGUGUGUAUGAGUCCCUUAGGGUUUGUGUCCGUGAAUGUGUUACUCACUGAGUGCAAAAAACCGCUUUGAUCAAUUUUACUUUCAUUCUCACCUGUAUUUUUUCCCAGCCCUUUUCUUUUCUCUGUUGAGCCAUUAAUGUUGUGCAGUAAUGCUUUGCUUGACAUUCACAAAUCCAUGCUCAAAGUGCUGGAGCCCUGCGUGGGAGCAGUGCAUGCUAUACAAUAUGUUUAAAUCAUUAUACUGUACACAAAGAAGUGCAAAAUAAAAUGAAGAAUCUGGGCUGUGCUUGGCUGGAGGGAAUUUGGCAUCAGGUGAGAGAUACUCUACCACACAAUGAAAUAUCGUAAAGUACAAAAACUAGGGAUGGACGUUUGAAUAUUUUGGUACUGGUGGCUACAUGAUAUGAUACCUUUCAGUUUUUGAGACAGAAAUCUAAAAACGUGUAAAAUGUACACACUGUUCUAACUUUGCUUUAUAGCAUCCUUUAGCUUGAUGCUUGGUUUUCUGGCCUGGAACUUAAUUAUCUUGGUUCACUCUCACAGCUGUCACCAGUGGUGUUUUCAACCACAGCGGGCAGCUUUUCUCAGCAGUAAUGCUACAAAGAUCGACAGUAGACCACCUGCCUAGCACCAAAUGGCAGAUUGUCAAAGUUGGUGACUAGCCAGUGAACCUAGAGGAGAAUUGUGUGACAAAAAGAGGCAAAAAGAAAAGAUAUUUUCCACACAAAUUGGUGGAGGCCAAAACAAAACUAAAAGGAGAGUGACUAUUAGCCAUCAGGUGGUCUGAAACAUGACUCCAAUGAAUAGUAUCAUUGCUCUAUAUCUGCUGGAUGUGUAAAUAAGCAACCAAAUACUAACUUAUUCACCUUAAAAGGUGAUAAGUCAGUGUUGUCUUCACAGCCUUUGUAAUGUUCCAAUGCCAAUAGGGUACCAAACACUACAGUAUAUAUUCUUUAAAAACAAAAAGAAAAUUAAACAUCUUUCUCCAAAAUCCUUUUUCUAUUUCAACAAAAGUAUUGAGGUGAUAAAGUUUAUCCAAAUACAAGCAGUCCCACAAGAAUAAAUGAGACUGUGCACAUUUAAAUAUAUAGUACAUCCAGAGCUGUCGGAUAAAAAGCAAAGUAGACAAGAUUGUAAAUCUGGCCAGAUAUAUUGAUAGCAGCUGGCAUUUUUGCCUUAGAGGUUUGAUACCCAACCCUAAAAAACACACAGCCAAGAGUUGAAGGUGGUGCAUGGGACAAGUCAGAGAAAGCAAUAAAUGAAAAUGAGGACAGAAGAGAAGGUCAGGCGGGAAAACGCUAUGUUACUGCAUUACUGCCUUGCCACAUUAGUAUAGUGUAUUCUUUAGGCAUUCCAGUCUGAAACAGGUCAUUAGUAUUGAAGAUACAAAGCUUUCCACCAGCCCACUCCCUCAUCUCUGCCUCUCUUUGACUCCCUCCCUGUCUCCAUCUCUGCUGCGGUGUGAGUGCUGCGUGUCCGUCCAUAUAUAUGUGUGUGUGUGUGUGUGUGUGAAUGAGGGCUCUCUGUGUCGGCUGCCGUGUCCUCGCUCUGCAUCUCCUCCAGUGUUUCACUAAACAUGCUUGAUUAGGCAAAGUACAUUGCUGGCCCUCUAAUGGCCCAAUAAGCCCCUGGGACGAUUAGUCCAGACACAUCAGCCCUAAGAGGGAGGUGCAUGUUGAACCAGCUCUUUACCUCUCCACUGACCACCAGCCACACACACACACACACACACACAUGGAGGCACACAAUUGCUGUAAGCCUUUUAACCAAAUUUGGGAUGCAAUUGAAUUAAGAUCAGAAAUCGAGCUCAGGCUCGAAUUAGGCUGACGCUGGCUUUGUUUUAAGAAAGAUACUGUACGUGAUGUUAUCUUAGUGACUGCAUAAUUUGAUUACCUUAUUUCAACAUUACAGGGCAGCUAAAGAAUUCAGGUGUAAGCCCAUGGAAGCCUGUAUGCUUAUUAAAGCCAUCAUCCUCCCUCUUCUUUACAUAGUUCAUGUCAUUCCCUCCAUGUUCAGCAGCUGCACUUUGUCUUCUUCUUCUGUCAAGCCCCUUUUAUUGUUAACAGACAUACGCUAUCUCUUUACACACACUCACAUGCACAUGCCAUAUCUCUAGCCAGACUGCUUUGUGCCUAUUUGUCAUUAUUAAAGGUUAGCUGCUUAAUUUAAUGAGUCAGUGACAGGAACAGAAAUCAAAGUAAUUCACAAAAUCCUGCUUUAUUUCACAUCAAAUCCUUAAUGUGUUACAAUGUUUUUUAGGCAUUUUCAAAACCUCUCAUGCAGUAAAUUGCUUUCCUUUGCUUUGAAAUGAUUGUGUUUGGAGGUUUUUUGUUAAGUGUAGCACAUACCGCCUCCGGUGCUACACACAUACAUACUCAUGUUAUUCCUAUUCAUCUCCACCCUCCACAUAUUGACACACACACAAUUCCCUCCCAGCCCUCGUGACCCUGUGUGUGUGUGUGUCUGUGUUUUUAUUUAUCAGUUUGUGUCUGUGUCUAAAGAGAGCACGCCUUUGUGUGUUGGGGUUGUUUGUGCCGUGUGACCCAGUGAUGCAAUGCCCCCCAGCCAAUAACUGCCAGCUUUCUCUACAGUGCUUCACUGUAUUGUGUGUGCUCUGUGCCCCAGAGAGAGUCCAAAAACGGAGGCUAACUUGUAGUAAAUCCACCAUCAUACUUGUGAAGAGUGACAUGAAACUGUUAAGCCAACAUAUGAAAGGAAAAAGCACAAAAACAAGGCGAAAACAAAAUCAAGAUGAGCAUUUUUGUAAAGAUGUAGAUGUAUGUAGGGAGCACUGCUCAGUUUUGUCAUGUUUGAUUUCUCUAUCGUUUGUUUUUGUGGUAGAUAUUUGGUUUGAAAUUAUAUAGAAUAUUAUUGUAUAUGAUUUCUAUUUCAGUUCUCUGGUGUUCCAGAUGUGAUGACGACAAUGAAGAUGAACUUGAUGACUAUCAUAAUUAUUAUAUUGACAGUGACAGUGAAGUAGUACUAUGAGUAUCGCUGUUUGGAUGCUGAAUCUAAAAGGAAGAGGAGAAGUGAAUGAACUCAUAGAGACUGAGGUUCGAAAAGAGAUUUUUCUCCUGCUACUGUGAAGGACCUUGCCAUCCUGCGGCUCUUGCCAGAGGCUGUCUCAACAGGGACCUCGGUGCAGGUUCUCAUCAGAUGACACGUUCCUACUACAUGUACAUAACCCUGAUGCUUACAUGUAAUUUAAGUGCAGUAGCUGCAUGACGACACAGCCUUUGUGUGUGUGUACAGAAGUAGCGACGUGAAUUUGUACAGUACAUGCAAGUGUGUGUGCUUGUGUCCGCAAAGAAACUUGUCAUCACGCAAAAAGCAACAUGUGCAUGAACUCUCCAGCAAAUGCACAGAAAACACACACAGAGCACACAAACACACACAGUCACACUCCAGCCGUUGUUCACCAUCCUCCACAUUGUCCUGAGCUCUGCCUGUCACUCCACAUGGAGACUUUGCUCUAUGUCAACUUUCUCAUUCAAAUAAACCACGCAGGCUUUGACCUUGUUGACAUCACUGACUAUAGUAUGUUUGGAUUUUUCUGUUGUUCUGUUCUCUUUAUUUAUUUAUAGACUCACAAUACUAUUUAAAAAACCAUAGCACACUGAUUUAUACUGUACAAUGCAAAAUUUGUUCCUCUCAUAAAAGA